ACAUACUGUACUAAUAAAUAGUAAUGUCUGAGUUGCAGACAAUGCUGUAAUGUUUCAGGAGAAAAAAAAAAGCUACAGACAAAUCUUCUGUGUAGUUUCAGACAUAUCAGACAUAUCAGCAGAGCUCUGGGCUUCGUUUUGGCGCUGGGAUGGCUGGAGGUCGUCACGUUUUGCAGUUGAUCUGAGGGAGGCGUGAAGCAUCAUCUAUACCCUGCUGACGUUUGAGAACUUAGAGGUAUGGAUCUUCGGCAUCUGCUGUUUACUUUGGCACUGGUCUGUGCAAAUGACUCUCUCUCUACAAGUGAUGAUCUUUUGCAGUGGCCACAAAUCAGCAAGUGCAGGUCACCGGAACUGGAGACGUUUUCAUGUUAUUGGACUGAUGGAAAUUUUUAUAACCUCACUGCUCCAGGAUCAAUACAGCUGUUGUACAUGAAAAGGAAUGAUGAAGACUGGAAAGAAUGUCCUGAUUAUAUCACUGCAGGAGAAAAUAGCUGUUAUUUCAACACGUCUUACACCUCUAUUUGGAUACCAUAUUGUGUUAAGCUUGCCAGUAAAGAUGAAGUAUUUGAUGAAAAAUGUUUCAGUGUUGAUGAAAUAGUACUACCUGAUCCCCCUGUCCACCUUAACUGGACUCUGCUAAAUACUAGUCAGACUGGGAUCCAUGGGGAUAUCCAAGUAAGAUGGGAUCCACCACCAACAGCAGAUGUUCAGAAGGGAUGGAUUACUCUGGAGUAUGAAUUGCAGUACAAAGAAGUUAAUGAGACAAAAUGGAAGGAGUUAGAACCCAGACUCUCAACAAUGGUUCCACUGUACUCUCUGAAGAUGGGAAGAGAUUAUGAGAUAAGAGUCCGAUCAAGACAACGUACUUCCGAAAAAUUUGGGGAGUUCAGUGAAAUCCUUUAUGUAUCUUUUUCUCAAACGGGCAUUGAAUUUGUUCAUUGUGCUGAAGAAAUUGAGUUUCCCUGGUUCUUAGUUGUCAUCUUUGGAACGUGUGGGCUGGCUGUAACAGUGAUCUUAAUCCUGUUAUCUAAACAACCAAGGUUAAAAAUGCUGAUUUUUCCUCCUGUGCCAGUUCCAAAGAUUAAAGGGAUUGACCCCGAUCUCCUAAAGAAAGGAAAGCUAGAUGAAGUGAACUCCAUCUUAGCCAGCCAUGACAGCUACAAGACACAGCUAUACAAUGAUGACUUGUGGGUUGAGUUUAUUGAGUUGGACAUAGAGGAUCCUGAUGAAAAGAACAGAGGUUCAGAUACUGACAGGCUCCUAACUGAUGAGCAUCUGAAAUCACACAGUUGCCUGGGGGUGAAGGAUGAUGAUUCUGGACGGGCCAGUUGUUGUGAACCAGAUAUCCCAGAGACAGACUUCAGUGCUAGUGACACAUGUGAUGCCAUCUCUGAUAUUGAUCAGUUCAAAAAGAUGACUGAAAAAGAAGAGAAUCUCUUGUGCCUUGACAGGAAAGAUAAUGAGUCACUUCCUAGUCUCAUCCUAGACACAGACACCCAAGAGCCUCCUACUAAAAGUACUAAAAUUCGGUGUGAAAACAACCAGUCGUGGCCACCUCUUGCUGACAGCCUUGAAUCAGCUAGUCCGUUGGUCCCUCCCCGGCUAAGUAACCAGAAUUCAAUGACAAAUACUGACUUUUAUGCGCAAGUGAGUGAUAUUACUCCAGCAGGCAAUGUUGUACUGUCACCCGGGCAGAAAUCCAAGCUGGGGAGAACAGAGUGUGAAGGCUGCGCAGAACAAAACUUUACCAUGGACAGUGCCUACUUCUGUGAGGCAGAUGUGAAAAAAUGUAUUGCUGUGACUUCCCAGGAAGAGGAUGAGCCACAUGUUCAGGAGCAAAGCUGUAAUGAGGACGCUUACUUCACCACAGAGAGCCUUACCACUACUGGUGUCAAUCUUGGAGGUGCGGCAGCAGAAACUCCAAGUUCGGAGAUGCCUGUCCCAGACUAUACUUCUAUUCACAUAGUUCACUCUCCACAAGGCCUUGUGCUGAAUGCAACUGCGCUGCCUGUGCCAGACAAAGAAUUUAACAUAUCUUGUGGCUAUGUGAGCACAGACCAACUGAACAAAAUCAUGCCGUAGCUCUUCUUUGACUAGGUGUAUGCAGUAUUUCAUGGCAGAGAGUCAGCUUGGGCUUGUAUGCUGAAACCAAAAUGAAGUUUAAAAGUUUCUUGUGGUUGUUAUAAUUUUAUCUGAAAUGUUGAAACAUAAAAUGUUCAUCAAAAUAUUCCUAUUGUGUUCUGUAAAUAUUAUCUAUGAAUUUGUCUUGAGACUGUUUUACUAGCAGUGACUGUCUUUUUAUUGUGGGUGUUGAUUUUUGUGAUACUAAGCAUUGAAAUUACUAUGUUUAAUGUACAGUAAAUCAUGCUUUUUGAUAAAGCUAAAAAUGAGGUGGUUUAAAGUCUAAGAAUUUAAUAAAAAUCGUGCUGUUGGCAGAGAUCUUUAUAUCAGUAAUUGGGAACUGAACAUAUAGGUGAAAAAACGAAAGUAGUUUGAAUAAAGAACACAUUUAUUUUGAUUUAUAUAAAUUAAUAAAAUAUAUUUUAAUAUUUUAGUCAUAAAAGCAUAAAUGUUUUGUAUUACACUACACACUGUAGUUUAAUUAUGAUGACCCAUCUAAGCAAUGUAAUUGCUGCAAGCUUAGAAAAGUAUUUUCUGUUUUAUAAAAGCUUUGUUUGCAGCAAAAAGAAAAAGAAAACAUAAUUUUUUUACAGAGCCAUUUUAUACCUCCAAAGAAACCUAUAGAGAAAUUUUGAAAUAUUGUAGGAACUUACAGUAACUGAUCCUAUUACUUUCUUAUGGUAACUAAUAUAAAAAUAUACAUUGAAUUCAAAGUUUUGUAGAAAACUUUAAAAGAUACAGAAUAUUUGGGCAAAUGAUAUUUUCUGCUUCAUCAGAUCCUGGUUAAUACUAAUAAUAUACUUUUUUAUAAGCGAGUUUUUGUUGACCACAAUAUCUAACAGUGUAGAACUACGCUUUCAUUGAACAAUUUUGAAACACACAUGAAUAAGCUCGAGUGACUUAGCAGCAUAAUCUUUUCACAUUUGACCAAAUUCUGAAGCCCUCUUUCAGCCAAAGCUAUCACAACAGUCAUGAGUUAGUGCCACAUUAAGUAUUGAUUAAACAGAUAAAAUAAGGACUUCAGGAUUUGGCCAGCAGUUCAGUUUUGAAGCUAUACUGGGAUUAAAAGCCUUCAAUGGAACAAGGGAGUUGAAGAUGGUAUUAUUCAAAAGUGUUUAUCUUUAUUGCCGCCCAACAGCAUCUCCUCUGACUGCAUUAGGCAGGCUUUCAGAAGGAAAGGAGAGAAAACCAACACUCAGUGGGAAAGCUUUUUGUUCUUAAGUAUACUAAGAACUUUACAGAGCUUUGCAAUGAACUGUUACUGCUUCAGAAGUUCCCAUAGCAGGCCGUAGGUCCAUCAUAGCAGAAGUACUACUUAGAAAUGAACAUAGGGAUGUUCAUUGCCUUUCUCUGACCUGCAUAGAAGUUUAUGAAGUGCAGCAAAUGCAGAUCUUGCUCGUGAUGUCUCCCAGUGAAUUCACUGAUGCUCUCUUUGUGACCAAGGGCUACAGGACCGGGCCCAACUAUUAGGUGGGAUUUUUAAGUUUAGCACGUACUUUAUGGUAAAUGUGCAUUAGAUUUUCUGCUAAUUUGCUGCUAUAUUUUUCUAACAGCUACAUUAUUUAGUUUCAUAUAAAAUUUCAUAAUGAUAGACACUAAUACAAUUAACGCUUAUGUGUGUGUUUGGAAGAAGUUUCUUUCUCUGUUUCUAUUGCCAAAAAUAGAUAAAUACCUCAAUCAAACUCAGAAUGUCAUUUUGGUACUUAACUGGUCACACAAGCCAUUAUACACCGCUCAGAUUUGUGUCUUUCGGUUUCUAUUUAACUUUCCUUAUGUCAGUGUUUUGUUUGUUUUUCUCAAAGUUUAAUAAAUGUAUUGUCUUUGAUCUC